CUGUGCCUGCAUGAAGCUGUCCUCUGAUUUUCCCUCUCAAGAGCCCAUGUUUCCACAUCUUUCCUUCAACCGUGUCCUGCUGCUGUGGUUACCACUACUUACAAGGUCUUCAGAAGCUGCAUAUCUAGUGGAGGUGGAUGAGAAUGCCCAUCUGCCCUGCAGCUACGCUCCAUCCGCCUCAGGGACACUGGUGCCUGUGUGCUGGGGCAGGGGAUCCUGUCCUUUGUCUCAGUGUGCCAAUUUGGUGCUCAGAACUGAUGAAAGAAAUGUGACGUAUCAGAAAUCCAGCAGAUACCAGCUAAAGGGGAAUCUCCACAGAGGAGAUGUAUCCCUGACCAUAGAGAACGUGACUCUAGCUGACCGUGGGACCUACUGCUGCAGGAUAGAGUUCCCUGGUCCAAUGAAUGAUGGAAAAUUCAACCUGGAGUUGGUCAUCCAACCAGCCAAGUUUACCCCUGCCAGAACUGCACAGGGAGACUUUACUACAGCCCUUCCAAGAACACUUACCACGGAGGGAAAUGGCUCAGAGACACAGACACUGGGGAGUCUCCAUGAUAAAAAUCAAACACAAAUCUCCACACUGACUGAUGAACUGAAGGACUCUGGAGAAGUCAUCAGAACAAGUGUCUACAUUGGAGCAGGAGUCUUUGCUGGGCUGGUUCUCGCUCUUAUCUUUGGUGCUUUAAUUCUGAAAUGGUAUUCUCAUAAGAAAAAUAAGUUCCAGAAUUCAAGCCUUAUCACACUGGCCAACCUCCCUCCUGUGGGGUUAGCGAAUGCAGUAGCAAACGGGAUGCGCUCAGAGGAAAACAUCUACAGCAUCGAGGAGAACGUCUACGAAGUAGAGAACUCAAAUGAAUACUACUGCUAUGUCCUCAGUGGGCAGCCGCCCUCUGCCAAUUUCUAAGGCUGCUGGAUCCAAUCGCUUUUUUUUUUGUCUUUUUGAGACAGGGUCUCCCUGUAGCCCCAGCUGUCCUGGAACUCACUAUGUAGACCAGGCUGGCCUUGAACUCACAGAGAUCCCCCUGCCUCUGCCUCCCGAGUG